CCGUACUAUAUAUUAUGAAUGGUUAUUUAUUAGUUUACAUAUCAGUCAAAUUUGUCAAUAUUGAAGUUUACUGAACUGACUGUAUUUAUGAUUAUAAUAUUAAUUAAUAAUUAUUUUUAAAAUAAUUUUUUCAUUUGUAUUUAAAAAAAAAAAUAUAUAUAUAUAUCUAAUAUUAUAAUACAUUUUUUAUUUAAAGUUAUUCGUUAAAAUCUAACAGGAAAAAAAUAAAUUAAAACACUUCCUGACUUGACCGUGUUUUAAUAAAGUGUGACGAUAGUUUUCGUUUCAAAUCGGAAAUAUACCACACAGGACGAAAAUUCGAUCCGCAUUUUUUCACGUUUCUGUCAAAUUGAAAGAUUUUUUUAACGAAUAAAAAUAAGUGUUUUUUUUUAAUGAAAAAUAAAUAUUCAAAUAGAUAUUAAUUUAUUAUAAUAAUUUUUCUCUUGUUAAUUUUCGUCUACUAUCGCGAUUCAAAUUUUCGCUGCGAAUUGAAAAUUAUUAUUAUUAUUAUUAUUACUUAAUUAAUUAAUAUAACUAAUUAAUUGUUUUUAUUAUUAUUUUUAAUAAUAGGUAUAGUAUAAUUUUUAUACAUUUACUAAUUUGACAUAUAAAAAAUAAUUACAUAAGAAAAUGUAAUCAAUUAUAUAAGUUACGUAUGCAAAAAUAUUUUGUUUAUAAUUAUUGUUCAAAAAAUUUAAAUUUAAUUUACAAUACAUAACAAAAAUUUCUUUUACUAGUUUUAAAAUCAUAUGUGUAUUUCUUUGAAGAAAAAAAAAAAAUCUGAUUGGUAGUUUGAGAUUAGGAGAACUUCCGUACCCUACUCCUCCACUUUUCACAGUUCUUUGUAUCAUCAACCCCUGAACCUCUGUUUCUUUUCUGCAAUCUACAGUCAGAUCAGAUCUUUAACAGCAAUCUCACAUGUGCGUGUUUGACAUUUAGACGUUAGUAUCAAGACAAUUUUCACGAGUUGCGUAUAUAUUACUUUUAUAUAUAUAUAUAUAGAAGACCAAAAAGAAACAACUUUUAAUUAAUCGCGUUUAUCAAAAAUAAUUAUUUAAUAUAAAUAAAUCUUCUCUAAUUUAAUAAAUAAAAUUAAAAAAAUAUUACAUUUUUUUUUUAAUUACAAAAUAUAAUUAAAUUUAGUACUUCAAUUCAAAUUAAAAACCGAUUAAUUAGAAUUCAUCUCUGGGAUUAGAUAAAAAGAAAAAUAAUUAGAUUUCAAGAUUUUAUCAUCUCAUCGGUUGUAAUGGAUUUAUAUCAAGGAUCAAAUAUUUCAACUUCGAGGAUGGAUAAUUAUUUUGGAUUUCCACCUACACCGCCACCUUGUCACAUGAAUAAUGAAAAUGUUCGAUUUCAUUCAAACAAUGAAUUUUCAUGUAAUUACAAAUCAACUUGUGAUACAAAUCUAAAUUCCAGUUCUAGUAUCGAAACAUUCCAGCAUGAAGUGGUUCGCGAAAUUUACACAGCCAGAUGGACAGAAAAUAAUCAGUUUGCAAAUAAUUUCAAUGAGAAUCAUCAUCAUCAUCAUCAUCAUCAUCUACACAGAUGGGUUCAACAUUUACAACCAGAAUUGGAAAAUGUACCACAUUUGGAAAGUUUUAAAGGAAAUCGAGAAAUAUUAAACACAAUUUAUCCAUCAGAAAUACAAAAUCAAUUUCAAGAAAAAAUUCAUUCUCCACCAAUGAUAUUUCGCACCUGGGAAACCUCAUAUUCACAAGAAAAUCCACAGCUUGAGACUGACAGUGAAUUAAAAUACCGAUCACUUGAAGAAACAAUUGCUGAAUACUCAAAAUUCCAGUAUAGAGAAGACAAAUAUCAAACUGAAGUUUUAAAACCGGAUUAUGUUUCAGAAAAACCAAGACAUUCUGGCAAUGAAAAACUACGAAAAGAAAGAACAGCUUUCACAAAGCAACAAGUCCGACACUUGGAAUCUGAAUUUGCUCACAGCAAUUAUUUGACACGUCUUCGACGCUAUGAAAUUGCCGUGGCUUUAGAUCUUUCUGAAAGACAGGUCAGUUUUGUAAUUUUUUCAUGCCUAAAAUUUGUAUAUCCCACACUUUUUAGAUUAUAAAGCUAAAUUUCAUUUUUUUUUUUUUUUUAAUAAUUACAGGUAAAAGUUUGGUUCCAAAAUCGUCGUAUGAAGUGGAAAAGAACCAAGAUUUCAUCAGAAAUGUCAACAUCAUUAUAAAAAAUUUUUUUUCAUUUAUAAAUAAGAUUGUGAAUAUUAUAUAUGUAAUUUAUAGUUUAAGUAAAAAAAAUUUAAGAUGUAAAAAUA